AUGGUGGGGAAGAACCUGAUUGACCUGUUAGGCAAUCACAACCCCGGCAUUGCUGUCAAUGUCACCAAAGAUUCUGGUUCUGUUGAUUCUGUUUCUUUGCCUAAAGAAAUUACGGAAAGUAGUAGCACCAAAUUGAGAGAUGAAGGGCAUCAUAUUAAUGUUGUUUUCAAUGAUCAAAGUGGGGAUUUUAAUUUGAGAACCAAAGAUGUUUUCGGGCAACAUUCGGUUUCUAAGAAGGAAUUAGAGCCUGAUGACCAUAAUGAUCAGGCACGUGAUCUUAUUGAGAAUGAGGCUCAAUCUGAUAAGAAUUUGGUUGAGGCUGUUGAUCCAGGGAAAUAUAUAGAUCAAAGGAUUAAAUCUAACUCUGAUUCAUGCUUAGGUAAAUACAUUUAUGUCCAUGACAUCCCUAGCAAAUUUUACAAGGACUUGCUGCAGAAAUGUGGUUCACUUAGCAAUUGGACUAAUAUGUGUGAUUUUGCAUCAAACUCUGGUCUUGGCCCCCAUCUUCCGAAUUUCGAGAGAGUCUACUCAAAUACUGGUUGGUUUUCUACAAACCAGUUCUUGUUAGAGGUCAUAUUCCACAACAGAAUGAAGCAAUACAACUGUUUGACAAAAGACUCAUCCCAAGCUUCGGCAAUCUUUGUACCUUAUUAUGCCGGCCUAGACGUGGCGCGGUACCUCUGGGGUUCCAACAUGUCUAUGAGAGAUUCUGGUUCACUUGAAAUUGUCAAGUGGCUGAGAGAAAAACCAGAGUGGAACAAAAUGUGGGGUAGAGAUCAUUUUAUGGUGGCAGGAAGAAUUACUUGGGAUUUUAGGAGAUGGACCGACACUGAUUCGGAGUGGGGUAACAAGCUCAUGCUCUUACCUGAAUCAAAGAACAUGACCAUGUUGACAAUUGAAUCAAGCCCUUGGAAUAGUAAUGACUUUGCCAUACCAUAUCCAACAUAUUUUCACCCUUCAAAGGACAAUGAGGUGUUUCAAUGGCAGAACAGAAUGAGGAGGCAGAGAAGGCGCAUUCUGUUCUCAUUUGCCGGUGGCCCCAGGCCUAAUCUUCAAAGCUCAAUCCGAAACGAAAUCAUUGACCAGUGUAGGGCUGCAAGGAGGAAAUGCAAGUUGCUAGAAUGCACUUCUGGUCCAGACAAGUGCCACAAGCCGGUGUUUGUGAUGAAAAUGUUUCAAGGUUCUGUGUUCUGCUUACAGCCUCCGGGUGAUUCUUUAACUAGGAGAUCAAUUUUCGAUUCGAUUCUGGCUGGUUGUAUUCCGGUGUUCUUUCAUCCCGGUUCAGCCUACGUCCAAUAUCUGUGGCAUUUACGAAGAGACUACACCAAAUACUCCGUGUUUAUAUCGGCAUUUGACAUAAAGAAUGGGAGGGUCAGCAUUGAGAGCAUCCUGCAAAGAAUUCCAAGACAAAAAGUUGUGGAAAUGAGAGAAGGCGUUAUAAAACUGAUACCAAAAGUGAUAUAUGCAGACCCAAGUUCUAGAUUGGAGACUCUUGAGGAUGCAUUUGAUAUUGUAGUUAAAGGGGUUCUUGAAAGAGUAGACACAAUCAGGAGGGACAUGAGAGAGGGGAAGAACACAAGUUUUGAUUAUGCAGAAAAAGUGAGCUGGAAAUACAAUCUGUUUGGGACAGUGGAGGAACAUGAAUGGGAUCCUUUCUUUGAAAGGGGUAAAAUGUAAAUGCCUUAGACAGCAGAAAAAAGAUGCAGGAUUAAUUUGUAGUUGUAGACAAAGAAAAAGUAAAAAGGUAAACUAGUUUGUUGUUCUAUGCAAACAGACUUUUUCUUUUCCUUUCUUUUGUAGGGGCAUUUCUUUUCUCUCACAAAAUUAUUGGUGUGGGCUUCAACUUUGAAAUUCUUAUUAUUGUUUACCCUCCAUUGAUGGAAUCAUUUUGUCCUUAUAAGGGAAGGA